GGGAGGGUUGGCAGCCAUGUUGGGCCAUUUCCGUAGGCGAGGCACUUGAGUCGCGCCCCAGGAAGUGUCUCCAAGUUGUUGUGGGAGUGCCUCAGGGAGGAGCAAGUGCCUUAAGAUGUCCAAGUCGGUGAGGAAGGUGCUAGAAGAGGCCCGGGAGACGGGGAACCCCGAGCUGGACCUUCAGGAUAAGCAGAUCACGUCCUUAGAGGAGAUCCCUGGCUUGUUAACCUUGGAGAACAUCACCCGCCUCUCUCUGCCACACAACCGCCUUACAAGGGUGCCUCCUGCUAUUGCUAAUCUCAUCAAUUUAGAAAUCCUGAACCUUUUCAACAAUGUCAUUGAGGAGCUACCGACCUCAAUCUCUUCUCUCAACAAACUCCGCAUUCUCAAUGUUGGAAUGAACCGCUUGGAUGCACUUCCUCGAGGUUUUGGUUCCUUUCCCGUGCUAGAGGUCUUAGAUAUCACAUACAACAACAUUGCUGAAGGAGAGGCACUUCCUGGGAACUUUUUUAUGCUUGAAUCUCUGAGAGCUCUCUACAUGGGUGACAAUGACUUUGAAGUUCUAUCGCCAGAGAUAAAAAAUAUGAAGAAUCUGCAAAUUUUGAGUCUACGAGAUAAUGAUUUGAUUGCUUUGCCUCGUGAAAUUGGGGAGCUGACACGCUUACGGGAAUUGCAUGUACAGGGCAACAGAUUGCAGGUCCUUCCACCUGAAAUUGGUCAGUUGGAUUUGCUGGGAAAUCGGUGCUGCCUUCGUUUGGAGAGUAACCCUUGGUUGCCCAUGAUAGCCGACCAGCUUCUCCUUGGCCAGUCACAUGUCAUGGACCUACUGCGGAAUGAGUCUUACAAGUUUCUUUACCAGAAACACAUGGGUGGUGGAAGCCAACCGCCUCCAAAGAACUUUGAAGCCAAGAACAGGAAGAUUUCACGUAAACGUGAAAGUGCUUAAGAUAAACCACGCUAGCAUUAACUACUCCAGCGUGCAGAGUGACUUUUGUAUAUUAAUUUUAUAUUAAUGAUACUAUGCAAAGUAGGUAAGCAAUUUACAAUACUGUAUAAUCUUUUUGAAGCCUACAGAUAAAAUGCAGAUAUUCAUAUAUACCCAAUGGAUGAACGGGGAUGAUAGGAAUAUCAAAUUAUCCACAAUAAAGUUAGUUCUGAAAAACAAACUUUAUUGCUUUUUAAUGCAGGAAUAUCCUAUAGCAGGCCCAAAGCCUCUGGUUGGCCCACUAAGUGUUAAUUAUUUCUGUGUUACUUGGGUAGUGGAUGAGUAUUUAUGACUUGUAUGUUGGCUUCUGUAAGAUUGAUGAAUGUGCUUAAAAACGUUUCAACCGAGAUUUAGCGCAAAUCAUAUUUGGCUUGUAAUAACCCAAUUGUUAAUGUUCCAUUGGUCUGUCAGGUAUUCCUAAUACAGUACAGUACAUGAUAUGUUGGUCCAUUUGUUAUGCAAACAACAUUGUCAACAUGGGUUUUCUAUAUGCAUGCCCAAAGAAGUGUAUAAACUGAUCAAAAGUAUGCUCUGCCCUGCUCGAGGCAGCACAUACUUGUUGUGUAAAAUGAAUGACUGUGAAAUAUUUGAGUCAUCAGUGUGAGCUGCAUACAUGUCAGGGUGUUCACUAGCUUCCUGCAGCCACACAGCUGAGAGGUUCAGUUGCCUGUGGGCAUUUAUAGUGGCAAGUUGUGUUCGAGAGAGAGAGAGAGAGAGAGAGAUAUAUAGAGAGAGAUAGAUAUAGAGAGAUAUAUAGAGAGAGAGAUAUAUAGAGAGAGAUACUUGCCACUAUAAAUGCCCACAGGCAACUGAACCUCUCAGCUGUGUGGCUGCAGGAAGCUAGUGAACACCCUGACAUGUAUGCAGCUCACACUGAUGACUUAAAUAUUUCAGUCAUUCAUUUUACACAACAAGUAUGUGCUGCCUCGAGCAGGGCAGAGCAUACUUUUGAUCAGUUUAUACACUUCUUUGGGCAUGCAUAUAGAAAACCCAUGUUGACAAUGUUGUUUGCAUAACAAAUGGACCAACAUAUCAUGCAUUAGGAAUGCCUGACAAUGGAACGUUAUAAACUUUUAUAUGUAGGCCACUGGUUCCCAAACUGGGGACCAUGGCCCCCUUGAGGGGGGGGGGGAGUCUUUUUACAAUAUAUAGUGGGCCAUAAGUUGAGUCAAGUGUACAGGUUAUGAUAGAGGGUACUGGAGGGGCCUUUGUUUAAAGAGUGUAGGGGGCCAUUAAUAAGGACGUUAUAUGAAAAAGGGGUAAUGACAGUAAAGAUUUUGGGAACCACUGAAUUCGUACAAGCAGUGCAUUUGUUUUAUUAACAAAUUAUUUGUGCAUUUCAAUGUUAUGUAACUUAUAUAACCAUUUUUGUUCAUAUAAAAUUACUAUACUUUU